AUGUCCGAACCUCCCGGCCCGUCCUCUCGACCGUCAAUCCCACCCGCUCUCCCGACUCCGCCCCGCAAGCGCUCGAGAGCGACGAGCAAGUCGGAGAGGUUGAGCGAGUGUUGCGGCAACGAGAGGCGUGAUGGGCGCUUAGCUGGUCGAUUCGCUGUGGAGCGAGGAAGCGGACCAGCUUGGACUCCCUCUCCGCGAAGCUCAGCCGCCGCUCGACUCGCUCAACUCGCCUCGUCUUCACUCUCAGACAGGCUUACGAUGGGUCGCCAAGCACGUACGAAGCAAGCCGACCCCCUCCCGUUCGCAGGCGGAGGCAAGGCGCACCCCGGCGCGCCCGAGCGCAAGGGCAAGCGCAAACUCGUUGCAGAGGCCAAGGGCGAGCGCGCGCAGGGACCGAGGGCUGCGAAGCGCGCGAAGAAGGUCAGUGAGGGAGGCGCAGAGGUUAAGGGGAAGGGGAAGGCCAAGGCUGGGAAGGGGAAGGGCAAGGCGGAGCAGAAGAAGAAGGUCACGGACGGCGUCGAGUGGGAGUCGGACGACGACGACAUCGAGGGAAUGAAGGCGGAGGAUGGGUGGACCGACGAGGAGGACGAGAUGAGCGACGCCGAGGCCAGCGGGCUCGAGAAGGCUCGCUCUGCCUUGUUCGACGACGUCGACCUCGAAGAGCCUGGUGCGGGCGGAGACGAGUUCGACGACGAGUUCGACCUCGACCGGGCUGACGACGACGAUGAGGAGGAUCUCGACGACGAGUUUGACCUCGAAGAUGAGGAGGUCGACGGCGUUACGGAGGAAGACCAGAACGACGCGCUCGCUCACCAAGGUCUCUCGAAGAAGCGAGCCGCACGCGCCGCCGCCUACAACUCGGAGGACUCCGAAGACUCCGAAGACGACUCGCCCCUCCCCGCCGGUCUCAACCCCGCCCGCCCCGAUCCCGAGCCUAUCGCAGGCCAAAUCGACGCGACGAUGGAAGAGCUUGAAGCUGCACGUUCCGACGACGAAGGGGAGGAGGACAGCGAUGAUGAGGAUGGCGGUAUAAGCAGAUUGCAGAAUGGAAAGCUGGAGGAUUUGAGGGAGGUCGAGAAGAGGAUGAGGACGGCUGCGAGGGUGUUGGCGCACUGGAAGGAACUUGGAGGGCAGGCUGGCAUGUCUCGCUCCGAUCUUCGCGAGCAGCUUAUCAGCGACAUCUGCCAGUACCACGGCUACACUCCCUUCCUCGCCGAGAAGCUCUUCGAGGUCUUCGGUCCAGAAGAGGCCCUCGAGUUCUUCGCCGCCUCCGACACUCCCCGCCCGCUCACGAUCCGCGUCAACACGCUCAAGACGCGGCGCCGCGACCUCGCCCAGGCGCUCAUCAACCGCGGCGUCAACCUCCAGCCUCUCGAAGGCGGCUGGUCCAAGGUCGGCCUUCAAGUCUUUUCCGGCUCGUCGGUCCCGAUCGGGGCGACGCCCGAAUACCUCGCCGGCCACUACAUCCUCCAAGCCGCCUCGUCCUUCCUGCCCGUCAUGGCGCUCGACCCGCAGCCUCACGAACGCUGCCUCGACAUGUCUGCCGCGCCGGGCGGAAAGACGACGUACAUGUCUGCGUUGAUGGGCAACACGGGCGAAGUCUGGGCCAACGACUCGUCCCGUGGCCGUAUCAAGGGUCUCGGAGGAAACGUCGCCCGUCUCGGGUGCAGAAACGUCGUCAUCACCAACGUUGACGGUCGCGAGUUCCCCAAGAUUAUGGGCGGGUUCGACCGUGUCUUGCUUGACGCGCCGUGUUCCGGAACGGGUGUCAUCUCGAAGGACCCGAGUGUCAAGGUCAACAAGACCGAGCGCGACUUUAUGCUCCUCUCGCACCUCCAGAAACAACUCCUCCUCUGCGCCAUCGACUCGGUCUCUCCCAACUCCGAAAAGGGCGGCUACGUCUGCUACUCGACCUGUUCCGUCACCGUCGAGGAGAACGAAGCAGUCGUUUCGUACGCAUUGCGCAAGAGGCCGCACGUCAAGCUCGUCGAUACCGGACUUCCGUUCGGCAAGCCUGGGUUCAAGAGCUACAAGGGCAAGGAGUUCGGCAAGGGCAUCGAGCUCACCAGGCGCUUCUACCCGCACGUAGCCAACGUUGACGGGUUCUUCGUGAGCGUCUUCAAAGUUGGGAAGCCGCAGAAGCAGGUUCCCGAACCCGCCUCGCCUACACUUCCCUACGAGCCUCUACCGCUCAACGAGAAGGACGAGCAGGACGCAGCCGAGGCGAAGGAGGACGCGCCGGCCUUUGACGAUGCGGAGGACGCCAAGCUCAUCGAGGAGUCGAGGCGGAAGAUCGCGAAGCGCAAGGGACUGAACCCGAAGGCGGACAAGAGCAAGGCGGGCAAGAAGGCGCGUGCGGAGAAGGAUGAGUAG